CAUGAUGAAUAUCAACAUUAAUGAAAAAAAUAGAGACAUUCACUAUGAUUAUGAUGGUGAUAAUAAUAUUUCCAUCCAUAUGAAUGAUUUAAAUGCUGAUCGUUGUAAUCGUCGUUGUCGUUGUCGUCGUCGUCUUCAUGAUAAUAAUGGUUUGAUUGUUUCCAAUAUCAACGGCUAUGAAAAUGACAACAACCAGACUGAUAUGACAUUAAUCUAUGACGAUGUUGAUGAAAAAAAGAAGAAAGAUUUUCAAAAUUUCAGUAUAAAAUCAAAUGGUACAAGAUUAGACAGUCAUGUAAAUGAUAAUAAAGAUGUUGAUAUUGAUGAUUCAAUCAUCAAAUCAUCAUCAACAUUAGUAACAUUACCAUCAUCAUUGUAUUUCAAUGAUGAGCAACAGAUGGACCGAAUGGAAAAAAUGUCACAAAUAAUAAAUCCUGUUUCUAUAUUACAAGAUAAUUCUCAACAUCAUCAUCAUAAUAAUAAUGAUGGCGAUGAUGAUGAUGAUGAUAAUAAUGAUGGUUCGAUGACUUUGACCACUACUUCGACCAAACCCGCCAAUUUUAUUGAUUUAUCCAAUAAGACAACAAUAACAACUUCAUCAUCAUUACAACCAGAUACGUUUUAUCAUGAACAUCAAGAACUCUAUCGUCCAAUGAUGAUGAAAUCUAAUGUUGAUGGAUUAACUUCCGUGAUUGAUGUUGAUGAUGAUGAUGAUGAUGAUCACCAACAUCAAAUACAACAGCAGCAACAGCAGCAGAAAUCAAUGAAUCAAAAUUUAUUGAAAUUACGUUCCAGUCGGGUCAAUAGUGCAGAUUUUGUUGCUGCGGAUGUACAUUAUAAUCCAAACGAUCUGGAUACUAAUAAUAAACAUUUAUAUUCAGCUAAUCAAAUUGAUUCAAGUACGGAUGAACAACCAGAAUCAUCGGAUCUAUCCGAUUCAUCAUUGAAAUUAUUUCAAUCAUCACAAUAUAAAAAUCGUAAUUCAUCUAAUUAUAAAUUGAAAAAAACGAAGAAAAAAAUUCAUACAACCAAUCGUUUGGCACAAUUAUUGAAUGAUUCAACAAAAGCAUUAUUGAAUAAUCAUAAUCUUCCAACAUCUUCAAAACAAAAUAAUACAAACGUUGGUGAUCAAGAGGAAUAUGUACCAUUAUUGUUGAAUCAAGAUAAGAAUAAUCACAAAUACGGAAAUCAAAAUCAAAAUUAUAAUUUGUCAACAAAUUCAAUGUCAAUGAUGGCUAUUAAACAGAAUCGUGCUACUAUUGAUUCUAGUGAUCAUCAUCAUCAUCAACAUAAUAAUCAUGAUCAUCGUGUAAAUGUUCAUCUUUCACAUUCAAAUCAUAAUAAUCAUGGCCAUGACCAGGAUUUUCAUGGUCAUAAUCACCAUCAUCAUCAUCAUCAUCAUCAUUAUCAUAGUGAUUAUUGUGAUCCAAUCGAUAAUUAUCCAACUAGUCCAUUUGGAUUAAAACAUCGAUCAAGCAUUUUGCAUUCAUCACAAUCAAGUUGUGAUUCACAAAAAUCCAGCUAUUCACAAAUUGAUCAUUUGAAUAAUGAUUCAUCUUUUAAUAUGAAAUUUCCGAAAUUGAAAUAUUUAAAAGUUUGUCUUCUUUCUUUAUUGGUCAUUUAUACAUUGAUUUCGUUCAUAUUUAUCAAAGAAAGAAAAGAAACAUGGACAAAUGUUGCUGUACAAGAUAAAUUACCAUCAUAUAUUGAUCUAUCACAAUCAUUGGAUUUAGUGUUUCCAGUUUGGAAGCUUCGUGCACGUGGAUCAUUUUUACCAAAAGAAUAUGGUCAUUUAACGAAUUAUUCGAUAAUAUUUACAAUUGUUCAACUAUUUGAUGAUUCAAAUAGCAAUAAAUCUAUGAAAUCAGGUCAAUCAUCAUUAUCAUCAUCAUAUCGUGUGGUGAAAAGACCAUGGGCUGCACCGAUUGCACCAACAGCAACCGAUCAACAUUACAUACCGACAAGAGAGAUUGAACAUACAUUUAAAUUGACACGUGACGAUGUUUUUGAUAAUGGCUACCGAUAUAGAUUACGUAUCGAUACAAAUUCAAAAGAAUCAAUCGGUAUUACUGUAACAAUGUCAAGUUUUUCUGAAUUAUCAGCCGAUGGUAUCAUUUUGGCCGCUUCUGUAUUGGUUUUUCUUUACGUAUUGAUUAUAUUUGAGAUUGUUAAUCGAACAUUGGCAGCAAUGCUUGGUGCAACUGCGGCCAUCACUUGUUUAACUCUGAUACGUGAUCGACCAUCAUUAGCCAAAGUUGUUUCAUGGUUAGAUGUUGAAACUUUGGCAUUAUUGUUUGGCAUGAUGAUAUUAGUGGCUAUACUUUGUGAGACCGGUUUUUUUGAUUAUGUUGCCGUUGUUGCAUUUCGUUUGGCCAAAGGACGUACAUGGCCAUUAAUAUUUACAUUAUGUAUGUUUACCGGUGUAAUGUCAGCAUUUUUGGAUAAUGUUACAACAAUUUUAUUGAUGACACCGGUUACAAUACGAUUGUGUGAAAUUAAAAAUAUUGAACCAAAACAUGUACUAAUUUCAUUGGUCAUCAUAUCGAAUAUUGGAGGUGCGGCCACACCAGUUGGUGAUCCACCUAAUGUUAUUAUUAUAUCGUCAUCUAGUAUUCAACAACAGGGAAUAAAUUUUGGACGUUUCACAAUGCAUAUGAUGCCAGGCAUAAUAUUAUCAUUUAUUGCAACAUUAAUCUAUAUACGAAUUUAUUAUAGAAAUUUAUCCAAUCUUGAAUUUCAAGAUGUUAAUGUUUCCAGCGAAGAUGAUACAGAGGAAAAUCUGAAUCAAUUUAAAAUGAUGCAUGAACAACAAUCGAUGAAAAAAAACGAUCAAAUCAAUAUGAAUUCAGCCAUAAUUGAUAACCAUUUAUUUAGCCGUAAUGGUGGUCGUACCAAUGUUAAUGGCAUGCCAUUUCAAAAUUAUACAAAUAAUGAUAUUGAAAUGAAUCAUAAUAAUGAAAAUAAUGAACAGGAAACAAAAUUUGGUCAUGAAAGUAUUGGUCGUCAUGAAUCACAUGGACCACCAUUAAAACAAUGUCCAAGUUGUACAAAUUUAGAAGAUUUGUGUGCAGGAAAUUCUUAUAAAGAUCAUCUAUAUGAUGAACGCCGUGUAUUUCGUUCUUCGGAUGAAUUGAAACGUGAAAUUGAAGUAUGGAAACGUGCAUGUAAUUCAAUAGUCGGCUAUUCACGUGAUGAAAAUUCUGUUCGUUCAAUGUUGAAUCAUAAAGUUGAAACAUUGGAAACAAUAUUACGUCAACAUUGUUAUGAAACUGUUCCACCGGAAGAUAAUUAUCGUUCAGUAUUGACCGAAUUAGAACAAAAGUACAAAAUACGUGAUUGGCCAUUAUUGAUUAAAUCCGUUGUGGUCAUGUCGAUGGUCAUCAGUUUGUUUUUCAUGCAAUCUAUACCGGAAUUGGAUUUAAGUUUAGGCUGGAUUGCUAUAUUAGGCGCUAUACUAUUAUUGGUUGUAUCCGAUCGUCAUGAACUUGAAUCAAUAAUGGGCCGUGUUGAAUGGUCAACAUUAAUUUUCUUUGCUGCAUUAUUUGUCGUCAUGGAAGCUUUGGCCGAAUUGAAAUUUCUAUGGUGGAUCGGUCAAUUAACACAAGAUUUUAUCAAUUCUGUUCCCGAACAAUCACGAUUAAUUGUGGCCAUUUUAGUUUUUAUCUGGAUAUCGGCAUUAUCAUCAUCGUUUAUUGAUAAUAUUCCAUUGACAACGGUUAUGGUUAAAAUUAUUGAAGAUUUAGCCGAAAAUAAUGAAUUCAAUAUACCAUUAGUUCCAUUGAUUUAUGCACUUGCAUUUGGUGCUUGUCUUGGUGGUAAUGGUACUCUGAUUGGUGCAUCAUCUAAUGUUGUAUGUUCCGGUGUUGCUGAACAACAUGGUUAUCGUUUUACAUUUUUUGAUUUUUUCAAAGUCGGCUUUCCAAUCAUGUUAUUGACUGUUGCCAUAUCGACAAUUUAUCUGAUCAUUUGUCAUGCAGUAUUUGAAUGGAACUAUUGAUUCAUUCAUUUAAAUAAUUGAUAAUCUAUAACAACAGCAACAACAACAACAACAACAAUUAUAAACAAUUUUCAAUGAAAAAAAAUUUCUUUUUUCGACCUUUUCGAUAUGUUUUUGACCAUUAUUUUAUUAUCAAUACUUCUACAAUCAACAAUUAUAAUCAAUUUGGUCAUCUA